CUGCCCUGGAAGGCGGAUUCCCACCGCGUGCCCCGCUGACGUGGUAACGCCGCCUGCAUGGCCCGCCGCCCAGCGCGGCGUCCGCCGCAGCACAAGCAGAUACCAUGACAUUGACCAAGCCCAGCGCCGGCCUCUCCUUUGACCCCCGCCCUGUCGAUGUCGUCGUCGUCGUCGACGACGAGCGGCGCAAAGGCACCAGCGCCAGCGCAAGGCUUUUGAGCGCCUUCUUGAACAGGCUCACCCCGCCCGGUGCGCACAGCAGCAGCCACAAGGCCCUCGCCCAGCCCGCCCCCUCGACCUCGUUGCAGCACCACGACGCCGCCCGGAAGCGAUCUGCUGAUACUGUGCACGCGCCUUCACGACGCAACAGUCACGAUGCCAAACAUCCCUGCUCUGCCGCUGCUCAGCGCUUGCCGCCCAAGCGCAGCGCAAUUGCCAAAUAUGCCCUAGACCCGACGGGUGACUUUGCCAGCUUUCUCGCCAAAGCCAAGCAGCGCGACGCCGCUGCCAACGAGGCCAAAAAGAAGUACAAACCGGGAAACAACGAAAGACAGAGCACCACCGGCGCGACCCUCAGCCGCCUUAUUGUGCGAAAAGGCAGCGCCGAGCUACCUCGAGCCGGCACACCGAUCAAGCACGCGGGAGCAGCAGCUGCAGCACCACCUGCUGCUGCCGCUCCUGGACGGCACCCCGAGGCAGCACACGCGUUCGCGUUCUCGUUCCCUUCUCCGCAGACCCAGACGCAAGCGCUCCCCGAGUCCCCCCCGCUGCUGCUGCACCAUGGCCCCAGCCCACUCGAAGCAAUGAAGAUCGUCCCCGGGGCAAUGCCCGUGCGCGCGAACCGCCUCCCGCGCGGCCCUGCGGAGCGCCUGCACCGUGUCAUGAUGCCCGCUCCGUGUGGCGAUGUCUCCGACUCGGACUACGACGAAGACGAUGACGCACUGCACGCCUUUGGCGAGGCGGCCAGCAGCGGCAGCAGGCGCUCGUCCCUGUCCUCUGAGGAGGAAAGCGUGAUAGUCGACGCGGGCGAACUUGACCUUCAUCGCGUUCUCUCCGACGCCGUCUCUGCCCGCUUUCAGCGCGACGCGGCCGGCCCGAACACCAUCCCGCAGUGCCCAGAGGUGCCCAAGGAUAUUGGCGCGCACUCCCGGCACCCGCAGGCGUGGCACGGUGCAGCAGCGGCGUCGGCGUUAGCAUUGGCAUCCAAGCGCGAUGCCGAUCGUGCGUCCGCGCACUCACUUGCAAGCGGCAAGGCGAACCACUCGCUGAACCGGCCCCUGCUGGAGCUUGAGGAGAUUGAGCUGAAGCACUUCCUGCGCAACUUUAGCAAGCAUACGCGCCAGAUGCACGUCCCCGCCGCUACGCGCAACCCGCAGCGCCGCAUGCCGCGCUGGUCUGACUUUCGCGUCGCGCCGGACGAGGCGGCACAGGCCGCGCGAGAUGGCCGCCGCAUCAGCGUUCUCACGCAUGUCGACCAGGGCCUCCGUGCCAUGCGCGAGGAGCAGCACGCCGCCGUCGCGGAACCCCGUGCGGCGCUGCCUGCCAUGUCCGUGAGCGCGUUCAAGGACGCCAAAAAAAAGCACAGGGACGGGGAAAGGGACAGGGGUAGGGAUACGGAUACGGAUACGGAUACGGAUACGGACAGGGGAAAGAUGGACAGCAGCAGCAGUGGUGCCGUCGGCGGCGUUCUGCGCUCUUCCGCGAUCGAAGGUGCCCUCGCUGGUGCUGGUGCUGUGGCGGUGGAAGCGGCAGGCGGAGAAAAGAGCGCCCUCCUCCGCUCGCGCCGAAGCAGCGGGCGCGUCGACAUAUCCAGCACCACGAGCGAGCGCGACGCGAGACGCUUCAAAGACGGAGAUGGCAUCCUCCAGCGCGACCCCAGUGGUGGCCGCAUCGACGUGCAUGCGUCCAAUGUCGAGCUCAAGCCGGCGGGGGCGGAGGAGGAGGAUGGAGAACCGGAGAGAGGGUUACUGGGGGACGAGUGGACGCUCCUUGAAGCGGCGAAUCUGGAUGAAGAAGUGGCGGUGGACAGCUAUGGCGAUGAAGAAGUCGAUGGCGUCGCGUUCACCAUCGCUUACAUUCUCGCUUUCAUCGAACGCUAUGCGCCUGGCGAGCUGGACGACGCGCCCGAGGCGGCGUACAGCGAGAGCCGGACGCGCUCGCACAUCGCGCGCCUCUACCUGAUUGCGCCCUUCUGGGAGCGUCUGCUGCGCGACACCCGCGAGCUGUACAGAUGGGACAACCCCAGACGCACGGCCAUCGCGGCGAUGAUCUACUUCUGCUUGUGGUACACCGAUAUGCUCCCCACCUCCUUUCUUCUCUACAUGAUCUUCUGCAUCUGCCGCUUCCGCUUCUUCCCGCCGGAGGUCUCCGUCAUCGCGGAGAAGGUCAAGGAGCGCUUCAAGCGUGGCGCUGAGGCGGAGCGCAUCAACGAGCGCCUGCGGCAGCGCUCGCGGCUCGACAUCUUCAACCUGUACAGGCGCUGGAUCGACACGUUUGGCAUCCCGACGCAGGUCGCGCUUGGCGACAUUGCCGACGGACACGAGAAGAUCAAGUCGCUCAUCCUCUGGAGGAAUCCGACUGCUACGUGGCGCACCAUCGCGCAGCUCAGCAUCCUCACGCUCUUCGUCACAUUUGCACCGCCGCAGAUGGUACUCAAAGCUUUCUUCUUCUGCAUCGGCGUUCUCUUCUUCAUUCUCCUACCAUUGCAAUCGCACUACCCACGCUACAGACGACCAUUGAGCCCGAUUUGGUGGGCAUUGUGGGGCUGCCCGACGGACGCACAAUUCGCGAUCAAGCUCUUGCGCCGUCGCCACUUGCAAGAAGAAGAAGACCAGACGAGCGCAAGCAGGCUCAAGAAUGCCGUCUAUGCAUCCGGGCUCUUCAACGAGCCGGCGCAAAUCGAGUCCAUCGAUGGCACCAGCCAUAUUCCCUUCGCCGCGGCAAUCGACCUUCCCAUCGCCGAGGAGAUCGCCGCAUUUCACGACGAGAGCAGCAACAGCAAAAAGAAACGCACUAGCAACAAGCCGCGGAAGCUCGGUUCUUUCUUCUGCCAGAAUCGCGGCGUUCCCGGAUUCUUGCACGUCACGACCGAGGGUAUCUACUUUGUAGGCGUCCACUCCCGCGUUGGACCCGGACACUCGCGUAGGGCGUGCAAGACACCGUUCACGGAGAUAACACAUUUGAUCAAGACGAACAGUAUGAAGCUCUUUGUGUGGAGCAGCAGCGGCCUGCAGAUCAAACGGGCCGACGGCAAGUCGUAUUUUUUCGCCAAUAUGAACCAUCGGGACAAGGCAUUCAAUCUGAUCUUAGCCUUAGGUCCAGAAGUCUGGAGCAAAUCGUAGCACAGAAGGCAACGGGCGGGCCUCCUUCUCUCUUUCCUCUACUUUUUAUUCAUUUGGAAUGGAACAUGUGUAACUUAUACAUACUAACUACAGUAGAUAC